AUGCCCGCCAGAUUCGUCUCACUUCAGCAUUGCCAGUCUUCGGGCUGCAGCAGCUCGCGACGAGUCAGCAGAAAGAAGAGCGCCGGUGGAGUUUUCGAGGCAGACUCUUCUCUUUGGGAAUUGGCCGGCCAAAUGGCACAGUCAAUAUUAAGCCUCUGCGUCACGCAAGGGUCAGAUAAUAGAGAAGAAAUAAAACGACAAUAA